AUGGCACCCAUACCACCUACCACGAAGGCCACGCCGACGAAGAUGUCAGAGGACCUUGGUUCCGGCAAGGGGAAGGGGAGGAAACGCGCACUGCUGGUUGGGAUAUGCUACAAGGGAGCAGAGGUAUGGCCAGAGCUGGAAGGCCCAUGGCACGACGUGAGGCAGAUGAGGGAGUUGCUACUUAAUACGUAUGGCUACACGGAGGAGGAUAUUGUGAUCAUGACAGACGAACAACCCGUCCACGAAGCAUCACGAGUUCCUACUCGCAAGAAUUUGAGACAGGAAAUGUGCAAGCUCUCGAAGGACGCUCGGCCUGGCGAUACGCUGGUGUUCAUGUACUCGGGCCAUUCCGACCAGCAGGAGGCUACAACAGACACUAAAGAAGAGGACAGAAUGGACGAGCUGAUCAUCUCCAGCGAUGAGAGGAAAAUCCUUGAUAACUGGGGCCACUCCCCAGCUGCCCACCGGAGAUCCGCCGAAUUCUCGUCGAUCCUCUUCCUUCCGGAUGCAAACUCUUUGCCUUCCUCGACUCGUGCCACUCCGGAACGCUGCUCGACCUUCCUCAUCAUCACUGUAAUCAGGUUUGGGUGCCAUGGCUGUCGCAGGAAUGUCAUGCUGACUGCUGAUUGA